GGACUGUUCUCUGGGAUUGUCUGUUGUAGAAGGGUGUGUUUGAGAAGUUUACUGACACAUUAACAUAACCCUAUACACAGACAACCCAGACAGUGAGGGCAUACGACCACCUCUCUCCAUCGUUUCAUUGUUGCAAUGCGGUUAGGUAGUGUUGCCUAACCUCACCACUUCUCUUCAAUUUUCCCAUCGAUGACUUACUGAAAACAGUCCUGAAGAAAGUAGGUUUUGAUGGUGGUAUGGAUCUGUUACAUGCAGAAAACCUUUUUGCUCUUCAGUAUGCAGAUGACAAUGUCUCACUAUGGUUUGACACACCAGCUAAGCAAACCGAACUUAAGCAAUUGACUAUGAAUGUCCGUAGACAUGACAUGUGCUUCUCAGUUUUCGAAUGCAAAAUACUUUUACAAGACCAACAAGAGCCUAUGCCUACACUCACUGUUGAUAGUGAGCAGUUAGAAUUAGUAGGAAAUUCCAUGCAUUCGAGUUGUUGUGUAAGUGUUGGUGGUGGCGUGGGUGGUGAGAUGGAUCCAAAUAUAGUGAGAGACAGAACGAGUUAUGCCAAUCUGAACCAUCUUUGACGUCUUCGCGAUGUCAGUUUGGCUGUAAAAGGUUGAGCUUACUACUAGUUGAUGAAAGAAAUUUCACUCUGCUUGUGAGUCCUGACCUCUCUAAGUUGAGGAUGAUAGGUGACUCUCUAUGUUUGAUCAUCAUUGUCCCCGAAGAAUUACUGACAUCAAGUGGCAACACUCUGUUAGUGAUGCAGAGGUUCGGCA